AUGGCUUUACGUGAAUCACAGCGCCAAAAAAAUGCAAAGAGAAUGUUGCUGUUCUUUGGUGGUGACCAGACCACGUCUAUUCUUGAAACGAGCAAGUUGAUAAAAAUUUUAGAGGGCGAUCGGCUGGUGGAGGGUGCCUCGGUACUCGUUAAAUACGGGAAAGAAGAUCUAGAAGCUCAAGUCGCGAAACUCCACGGUAAGUUAUCGUACAUCACAUUUAAGUUUUUGGUGUUGUCCGCUAGCCAUAAAGUUAUUCUAUUAAACGGCUAUAAUUCUAAUCGCGAAACAUUUUAAUAUUGCGCCUUACAGAUGACCCUAGCCUUCUGAGAGAAGCCCAGGAUGACUUCGUAUUGAGUCAAGACCUCUUGGAAGAUGAUUCUGUCGAUAAAGAGAAUCUACCUCCGUCACCAGAGCCGAAAAAACGGAAGAUGUCCUCCAAAGCGGAAAAACCCAACAAGAAAGCCGCUCAGAAACAAUCAAAGCCAAAGAAGCCAAAACAGGUACGGUUAAAUAAAAUAUUAUUUCAGUUCAUACAACAUGUUUAA